AUGUACAUUUGUCGGUCAUUUGUUAAGAUGCGGCCAAGAAAACGUCCUAAUGCUUUUGAUGAUGCGACAGACGAAGUGAUUUGCAGAGAGGAGUUGGUGCAUUUGCGCCAACUGGUGGAUUCGUUGGCAAAACAGGUUGCUACAGUGAUGAACCAACAACAGGAAUUGUUGGGUGGCUCUUACGGGAAAGACGCUGACGUGAGUGGCACGAGAACCACACCAUCGAUUGGUGGAGCGGCAGCGGGUCAUGGGGUUGCUGGCAUUGGUGAUGUAACGGUGGGACACGGAGCAGGGAGUGGUGCUGCCGCCAGUCCAUAUGAUUCCAAAUCCAACAAAAAAUUUCGCAGCGGGUUUGAUGGGGAUGAAUCCAGACAAGUGGAAGCGGAUGUUAAUGAUAAGUACUCGGUACCCAAUACCACCAUUCACACAUUUGCCAAGUCUGGAGAUCUUUCUGGCUUUAAGAGGUUACUUCAGGACGACCCUUCUCGUCUUUGUGAGAGAAGCGUAUUUCUGGCACAGACACCACUACAUAUUUCAGCCGAUAACAAUAAAGUUGAGAUAGUCAAGUAUUUGCUUGACUGGAAAGGACCAGGCAAGGUCGAGUUGGAAGCUAAAAAUGUUUAUGGUGAGACUCCAUUACAUCUGGCGGCUAAGAAUGGAUGCCACGAGGUAGCAAGGAUGCUUCUAUCUCAGCAUGCCAACAUCGAAGCCAAAACCAUUAACGGUUGGACUCCAUUGCAUCUUUCUGUUUUCUAUGCCCUAGAAUCUGGAGAGUACUCGACAAUGACGACAUUGUUAGAUUACAAUGCUAAUUGCUUUGCAGAAGAUAAGCGGGGUUUGAUUCCUUUACACUAUGUCCCUGAUACUCUAGAUAAUGAAGAAUUGCGCAGACUCUCCCCAAAUUUUGAAGUGCAGAGACACCAUGCUUACAUUGAAGAUACGCACAGUGGAGGGCAAGGAAUAUUAGACAAGCUUGACUGUGAAUUAUCAAAGCUAGUGGGACUACAUGAGCUUAAAGUGCAACUUCGGAAGUGGGCGAAAGGGAUGAUUUUGGACAAGAAGCGCUGGUCUAUGGGGAUAGAUCUUGGGCCACGGAAAGCACCUCACAUGGUAUUCCUUGGAAAUCCUGGUACAGGAAAGACUACUGUAGCCCGCGUUCUUGGUAAACUACUCCAUUCUGUGGGUUUUCUUUCUUCAAAUAGUGUAACUGAAGUUCAAAGAACGGAUUUGGUGGGGGAAUAUCUUGGUCAAACCGGAUCAAAGACUAGAGAAAAGAUUGAAGAGGCCAAGGGGGGUAUUUUAUUUGUGGAUGAAGCAUACCGUUUAGUAAUCAAACAGACAGUAGGUUACCAAGAUUAUGGGGUGGAAGCUUUAGAGGAGAUCAUGUCUGUAUUGGAAGAUGGAGAUAUAUUAGUAAUUUUCGCCGGUUACACUAAACCAAUGAAGCGUGUAAUGUCUUCAAACGAAGGAUUAUGCAGAAGGGUAACACAUUUCUUCCAUUUUGAUGAUUUUAGUUCCCGGGACCUUGCCGAGAUUGUGCAAGUAAAGAUGACUAAACAAAAGCAGGGGAGCCAAUUCUACGGAUUCAAGUUGCAUCCUUUCUGUACUUUAGAAGCUAUAACUGCAGUCAUAGAGAAAGGAAGUACAGUAAAGCUGCGUAACAAAAUGAAUGGGGGAUUAGUCGAUCAUAUACUAACUAAUGCGAAAGAAAAUUUGGAUACAAGACUUAGUCUCGACUGCGAAGGUUAUGAGUUACUUACGAUCACAUUAAACGAUUUAGAGGUUGGACUUCAACAAUUAUCGUCACGUGUAAAUAUUGACUGA